UGGAAGUACUUAUUCAACAAUUGGCUUUAUAGUUCUAGCUUAUAAUGCUUUAUUUGAUAUAUUGGAAAAAUUUAUUAAAAAAAAAAGUACAAUUCCAAUUAUUAAAAAUGCAGCUAAAUUUGGUAUAGAUAAACUUGAAAAAUAUUAUUUAUCAACAGAAGGAUUAGCUUAUAUUAUUGGAACAAGCAAUCCUUUAGAUGAAUUGGCUACUUAUUUAAGAGAAUCUACUGCUGAUCCUAAUGAUGAUGAAAAUGAUAUUGAUAUUUUAGAAUGGUGGAAA